CUGCCUCAAGAGACUCUAUUCCCACCUAUAUCACCUUUGCACAUCUUCUACAUCAUUGUCGGUGGAGCUUCGCCGGACGAGAAACGCUUUGAGCCAUCUGCAACGUCCAUCAAUUUGAAUGCUGUUGAUUUCUCUGCUCUGGAGCGACUCGUGUUACCGCUAUGCGAAACAGUAAAUUCUUUUGUUGAAGGCGGUGCGAAAAGUGCUUCCUUUGGUUCUAUAUGUUGGUUAGUGACUGGUAUCCUGGUUGCAGUACUUUUAUUGACUAUACUCGUGCUUGGAUGCGCUCUUCACUCGUAUCGAAAUGAAGGACAUGAGCUCGGAAGAAAGUUAAAAGAAAUGGAAAAGUCACUUCGUACGCAGAACGAGUUCUUUACGGCAAAAUUACAUGCACAGAUGGAAGAACAGAUCAAGGCUAGUCAGAAGCAUGCAGAAGAGCUCAGGAAGCAAAAUGAGUCCAUUCAGGCACAACAAUUAGAACUUCAACGGCAACAACAGCAACUCUCAACUGCCCCACCAUCGUCAGUUGUUCAGCCACAACCUAUCAUCAUACCGUAUAUUCCUUCAAACUCAGGUUCGUUGAGAAAACCUAUGGCAUCGAUUGUUGGUUGA